GUUUUUUUUAAAUCAUCCAGUUCUUCCUUGGAAAGGGUUAGGGAAAGCAUUCAGAUGCAUAUAAAAAAAUCUUCUAAAAUAUCAGUAAGCUCAGCAGGUGAGGUCAAUAUUUCUUUAAUUUCUCCAAACAAUAUUCCUAUUAUUUUCUUGACAUUUAAGCAUCACUUCCAAAAGUCUAUGUGGUUUCCACCUUAGUAUUUAUGUUCAGUCACAUGCAUCAGGAAAUCUACUCUAACUGAUCCUUUAAUUCACAUUGUGUAAGCUUAAAUUCAAAUUCUGUUUUGAAUUUCCAAAAUUCAAUGCAUUCACUAGUAUUUGACACUGAUUUUAACCGUUACUUUAUUUUACAGUUACUUUUUAUAAUGGGAGCUAAAACAAAUGGCACCUAAAUAACAGCUCAAACAAACACAGGAUUAGGGAGACUUCCAAAUUUAAUAAAGUACCCUAACUUAGGUAUUAAGUGUUCAAUAAAUACCUUAUGUAAUAGUUUAAUGUUGAACCUCCAUCUGUUAAUUUUAGUAUGUUCCUGAGGAAAUUUGAUUUUAUUAAUAAUAGGCUUGUGGUCUGGUAGGCUCUUUGAGAAUUCUAACUGAAAACUGAACCAAUUUAGACAGAGAGGACACAGUCUAUUUUUGAUGUCCUUUUAUGGGGUGCUAAAUAGAAAGUCAGUUCUUUAGCAGUCAAAUGUAAUACUCUCUAAACUUCUCAAAUUUCUUGUACAACUCACAGCUUUUGAAAACGUUCAGUGGGAAUGAGUGUUGCCAAUAUAAAAUUUUCUCUCUAUAGGAAGUCUACUCUCAUGCUAAAGUGGAUUCUCCUUUGGACCUGUCAACCACCUCUCUUCCUUCACGAUGUAUCAGCUGUCAAUCUGCGGCAGUUCAUUGGAUGUGCAGUUCGGGAAUUCACCUUCCUUGCCAAGAAGCCUGGUUGUGGUGGUUUGCUCAUCACUACUGAUGCCUGCUGGGGGCGCUGUGAGACAUGGGAGAAGCCAGUGCUGGAGUCCCCUUUCAUAGAGUCUUACCAGCGAGUUUGUACCUACAACAUGACACGUAUGGCCAGUGUGAAACUACCCAACUGCAAGCCCAACAUUGACCCAAUAUACACCUAUCCUGUGGCCCUACGAUGUGCCUGUGGGUUCUGUCUGACAAGCACCACUGAAUGUAUAACAUCUGUCUGAAAAUUUGGUGCAAUGCAGAUCAGUUCUUCUAUUAAAUUUUAUUUCAGUUCAGUUGUUUUUUUCAGAUGACCUGAAUUAAACAUAUAACCAACUUUGUUAUUUGUAACAAAAAGUACAAUUAUCCAAGUACAUAUUAAAUGACUCUGCUUUACUCAAAGCAAAUGUAUACAUUUACUGAAGUUCAGACUAUUAAAAUAAGGAAGUAAUCUGACCUUUUUGACCUUUUGAGAGGUUUCAAAGGUGGUAGGGUGAUGGAGUUCUUCAAAAAAGUUAAUGCUGACAGAAUAAUUGACACUGGACAUUCAAUAGUUCACUGUUCUACUAACAAGGAACCAAACAGACAUGGGCAAACAGACUCACUAUUUAGGCCAUUUAAGACUUUAGGCAACAUCAAUACUUUAUAUUAGAAACCACCACUAUAUGCUGUUGGGCCAGCCAAGAAGAUUUUAAUUAAGGUGAGUAAAUAGAUGGCAUAAGAACAAUUAAUCACAAAAUGUACUGCAUUUUCCACUUUCAGUUUAGCAGAAAGAGGAGUUUUGCUGUGUGAGUAUAAAGAGUACAAAGGUUAGCUGCUGAAGCAUCUCGUCAUUUGAGCAGGUGACAUUAGGAGGUAGUGUGCAAACUUCCCCUUUACUUCGCUGGUGAAGGGACAACUGCAUCUUACCAGAAGCCCUGGAUCCAAAAUAUACGUACAGUCAACUGUCCUGAUAUCCAGUGUCAAUAUUCUCUCCAAAUAGAAAGGCCUUGAUCCUGACUUAUUCAUAAUUGUUUGGAAGGAAUUUUUUUUAAUCUAAAUUCCCCAAAAGAGUUAUUGUCUCUGAUACUGACAAAGUUGUUGACACAGUCCCAAGCUUGCUCCAGUCUAGAGCAGAGAAGUGAAGUGCUGCUUCAUCUAAACUUAGCUAACAUCAACAGAAAUGAGUCUGGAGCUGAGAGAAUGUCGCACGUUAUGAGGUAAUGUGUGCACACACACAUGCUGCCUGCUUACCAGAUGGUCCCCCAGACAAAGAGCAGACACAAAGCUAAGAGAAGAUGCCAACAAUGCAAACACCUUCCCACUAUCCACUCCUUACCUUCUCCUCCCCUUUGAUCUCUGUCACACAACUCACUGUCCACUAGAGAUUUCCCUGGUUCUUAAGAACUGUUCAAGUAAGAUUUUUGUCAGAGAAGACAUGAGUUAGCUGAGAAUAAAUCACUUGAAUAUUGUUUGAUAAUCUAUUUCAUCAAGGUUUGUUGGGUUUUGCAGGAUUUUAAGAUUUAAAACUGACUGGAUACAAACAGGGAACAGUGUGUUUUAAGAGUUUAUUGAUUGAUGGUCUUUUUAAUCUUGGAAUGUGAGCUUACUUUGU